UCGUUGGCGGCUUUUCGUUGUGUUCGGUUUGCUAAACAUCCGAGCGGUUGGACGAGAAAAAGAGCUAACGAAGCUCGAGUGAUUUUCGAAUAUUGUUGACAGCGAUUUUAGGUGCUCUACGAUGACGCGGCCGCUGACAAUGCGAAGUUGGCUGGCGCUGGCGACGGCGCUACUGGUGGUGGCCACCUGGCCGGAUUCGGGCCAGAGUCUGCCGCAAGGCGCUCCGGAAACCGUGUGCGACACCUUGCUGCCGUACCACUCCGGCGGCAGUGUGCUGCCCCAGAACAGCGUUUCGCCUUUCAAGGUGGAGACCUCCUCCUCGACCCUUGGCCAGGGUCAGACCCUCCGCGUGGACCUCACGGGUGUGCCGGCGGGCCUGAGCUUCGGCGGCUACAUGAUCCAGGCGCGCAACCGCAAUCCGCCGCACCAGAUCGUGGGACAAUUCGGACCCGCCCGCGAUGGAACCAUCAAGCUGAUGAACUGCGAGAACUCCGUGAACAACUCGGCCACGCACAGUAAUGCUGGGCCCAAACAGCAGGUGCUCCUGGAAUGGCAGUCCCCGGUGGACUUCCUCGGCCAGGUGGUCUUCAACGCCACAAUUGCCCAAAGCUACAAUGAAUUCUGGGUGGGCGUGCCCUCUCAGCCUGUUCAGAUAGUACGACGUGAUGUUUCGGGUCCGUCACUGCCCACUCUAGCUCCUACUCCCAAUUUGGGAACCACCCGUGCUCCCUAUGUUCCUCCCUCCUAUGUGGCACCCAACAACGUGGCUGCAGUUACCGCAGAUCCCAUCUACAAUGGCUGCGGGCAGAGCAAGAACUGCUUCGGUUUUCCCGAUGGUUGCGUGGCCUCCAAGAGCUGCACCUCCAUCACCGUGGUUACGGUGAGGGGAGAUGUCUACGAGUUCGAGAUUCAGUCCGGCAAAGGUACCAAUGCCGCCUAUGUGGCUGUGGGUCUUUCCGAUGACGCCAAGAUGGGUGAGGACCUGACCACCGAGUGCGUGCCCGAGAACGGAAGGGUCAACCUGUACUCCUCCUUGACUUCAGCCUCUCCCUACGCGGCUGUCAGAUCUGAUGUGAACCAGAACUCCGCCCGCCUGUUGGAUGCCUCCAUCGUGGACGGCGUGAUCUACUGCCGGGUGCAAAGGGAUGUGGUGACCAAUGUUAAGGGGCGAACCUUUGACCUGCGCAAUGGCAAGUACCACCUUUUGGUGGCCUCCGGCAGCAGUCUGAAGGAGAACAGCGUGGGCUACCACGACAUCGGACGUCUGCCCUCGGCACAGUCCAUUAAUCUCGCAGAGGUGCAGGACUUGGGCGGAUCCAGCAAGCUGCUGGUGCAGCUCCAUGGAGCCUUCAUGAUUGCCGCUUGGAUUGGAACCACCUCGCUGGGCAUCAUCUUCGCGCGCUAUUUCAAGCAGACGUGGGUGGGCAGCCAGAGCUGUGGAAAGGAUCAGUGGUUCGCCUGGCAUCGCCUGCUCAUGGUCACCACCUGGUCGCUCACGGUGGCCGCCUAUGUGCUCAUCUGGGUGGAGUUGAAGCGGGCGGUAUGGCACGCCCACUCGAUCAUCGGCCUGAUCACAGUGAUCCUGUGCUUCAUCCAGCCCAUUGGUGCUCUGUUCCGACCGGGCCCAAAUGACAAGAAGCGCCCGUACUUCAAUUGGGGACAUUGGUUGGGCGGAAACCUGGCCCACAUCCUGGGAAUUGUGACCAUCUUCUUCUCCGUAAAACUGCCCAAGGCCGAGCUGCCCGAGUGGAUGGACUGGAUCCUGGUCAGCUUCGUGGUGGUGCACGUGCUGGUCCACCUGAUAUUCUCCAUCGGCUUGUGUUUAAAUCAUUGGCAGGUCACGGGCAUGGCCUCCGAGCGCCAUCUGAGCCAGCGGGCGAACACCUUCCAAAUGGGCGACAUCUCCCAUCACCAGCAGCAUGGCAUGCGGAAUGGCAUGAGCAUGGAGCGGAAAAUGGAUGCUCCGUAUGCGGCCAUGCGCAAGGGAUUGCUGGGAGUUUACAGUGUGGUGCUGUUUCUCUUUGUCGUGGUGCUGAUCCUCCUGGUGGUGCUGGCGCCCAUCGAACAAUUCCUGGGCAAGUCCUAGGUGCACAGUCUGGACGUCCUGUAACCUGUCCCCUCCCAAUACUCGUAUCAGUUUUGUGUGCUCAUUGUUUAACCCCUUCCGCCCACGGCUCUGCCCUGCCACCCACCCAAUCCCAUCCAGCGAUGUGCUGUUAAGUGUAAAUUAGGCGCAAGUGUAACCUAGGGCGGAGCGUUCAGUACAUGUUAUAUAAUUUAUUAUUAAUAAAAUAAAACAAGCCAACAUAAAUGCAGUUA